AAGGACACGGCUGAGGACAUUUUUUGGGACAUGGUACACACUCUGAAUGCAGCAUGCUGUAGCUGUCUUCAGUGACAACAGUCCUGCUGCAGGUUGACUACGUGCUGUGUGACUGGAGGCUACAUGGCUUCAGGUGGAGCAGAGGAGGCUGAUGGAGGGAUUCCAUUGGACAUUGACAACGUGCACAUGCUCCUCCAAGUGGAGCAUGAGCAGAUUCAGAAAAGGACCUUCACCAACUGGAUAAAUGCUCAACUCGCUAAGAGAUGCCCUCCCUCGUUUAUGGCGGACCUCUUCUCUGACAUCAGAGAUGGGUCACAGCUGCUUGACCUGCUGGAGGUGAUGAGUGGUCAACCUAUGAAAAGACAAAGGGGCCGAGGGGUUUUCCAGCACAGGGCCAACAUUGAGACAGCACUGAACUUUCUCAAGAAAAAAUCUAUCAAACUGGUGAACAUAAACAUCCCAGAUAUCAUAGAUGGACGGCCCUCCAUCAUCCUUGGACUUGUGUGGACCAUCAUCCUCCACUGUCAUAUCGAGGAGCUGGCCAGCACUCUCGCCUACAACUCUUGUCAUUCCUCCCUCGACUCUCUGGCCAGCCUGGACUCCUUUCCUGGCAGACCCAUCCCAGCUAGUCCAGUCCCUGCAGGCCGGACGUCACCUCUCCACAAACGCUUUCGAGUAUCCGCCAAGAAUGCCCUGCUCAUGUGGGUCAGGGACCAAUGCAAAAAAGUUGGUUGCUCCGUCAGUGUGAAGAACUUCAAGUCGAGCUGGAGAAGUGGAGAGGCCUUCUUGGCCAUCCUGUGUUCUCUCAGACCACAGCUGGCUGAUCUCUCACUGGUUCAGUCCAGAAGCAACGAGGAGAACCUGGAAGAGGCGUUUCACCUGGCCGAGAGGGAGCUCCACAUCCCCCGCCUGCUGGAGCCCCAGGAUGUUGAUGUUGAAGACCCUGAUGAGAAGUCCAUCAUGACUUACGUGGCCCAGUUUCUACAGUACUCCAAUGACAUGCCGGCACCUGAUGACCACCUGCAGGUUUCUCUAAGUGAGCGAGCACUUGAGGUGACUUGCUGGCUGCAGCAAGCCUACGAGGAACUACCAGAGGCAUGGACGGCUACAGAAAAAUCCAACUUUGCAGAAAAAUAUCAUGUGUUUCAGAACGUUGCUGGUUCCUUCACUGAGCAAAGGAGACCAGUGAUGACCCUCCUUGCAGCCAUAAGACGCUGCCCUGAGCUGAGCCAAGAGCAGUGUGCUCUCAGAACAGCGUGGGAUCGUCUGGAAGAGAAGCUGCAGAGAUGUAAAGCAGACCUGGACUCCAGCCUUCCUCCUCCUCUGAACUCAGUAGUCACGUGGCUGCAGCGUGCAGAGGCAGCGCUGACAGAAGAUGGAGGAAGAAUGGGAGAUCAUGCAGAAGCUGCUAAAGAAGCAAGAGCUCAACAAGACGUGCAAAAGACAUUAAUGAGGGAGAUGAGCCACCACGUCAAAAUCCUUGAUACCUUUCUCAACAUGGAUGACUCAGGGAACGAAGUAGUGCCCCCUGAAAAGUUUGAUGAAAUAAAAAGACGUUUAACCAAUAUCCGAGUCACUGCCAAGUAUCAAGGGAUCAAGUUGGAAUACCGGGAAUGCCGUCACACUGUGCUGGAUCUCCUGGGCCGCAUCAGUGCUAAGCUUCAGACCUGGAAAGCUCCCUACAGUUCCCAGGAUACAGUACUUCUGCUUCUGCAGGACUGGCAUGAAACAGUGGAUCGCCAAAGCUUGCUGUUAAUCCUGAUGGAUGCUCUCCAAAACCUCAAGGAGAAGGCGAAUGCUUACAACAGCAAGGCAGCACUAGGUAACGACUCCCAGCUUGUUACUCGUCAGGUGAAGGAAGCAGAAAGUGAAGCUGAGUUGGCCACACAGGUUGUGACGGCAGUGAGAGGGACGAUGGAGAGAGUGGUGUCUGCGUGGGAGACUUACGACAAGUGCCUCACUGCUCUACAGACAUGGCUGGCACAGGAGAUACAGUCGAGCACCCAGCCUCCUGCUGCGGGGACGAAGGACAUGAGCGAGUGGACAUCAUGUCAAGCUAAGUUAAACGAGGCGGGGAACUUCCUCAUUGAAAUGACGGAGCCUUCAACCAGCCUGGCUCUGGCUGAGCACCUCAGCAAGGUCAACAUGCAGUGGGCUGAGUGCAUGAAGAGGACAGUGUUUGGGGUGUCAUCGGAGCCCAGUGUCAGCCCCAUGUGUCUUCAGAUGGUGCAUUCACUGACCCAGGAGGCCAGCUGGCUACUGAGGCAGCCGCUGGAGGUGGCCUCAGUCCCACUGAAGGCUAACAGACAGAAACUACAGCUCCUGAGCAAAAAGAUGGCAGAGGUGGACUUUUCAUCCAUCAGUCCAUCCCCAGACUCUCAAACAAUACACAUAGAGAACCUCCAGCAAACUCUCCCACAGAUGGUUGCUGAAGCAGAGAGGACCUGUGGAGAGCUGCAGCAGGCUGCAUCCAGGCUAGAGGGCCGUCUAGCUGAGCUGGACCGCUGGAGCGCAGACGCCCUGGACUGUUACCAGCACCUAAAGGAGGAAAAGCACAGAGGACUGGAACCUACAACCAAAGUGCUGAUAUCUCGAGGCAUGCAGCUGGAGAACCAGGUUGUAACUGAGAGACAGGAUCUGCUGGACCUUGUGGCACAAGUACGGAAAACCUCUCCUCUGCAGCACCUCUGUACGUCCGGCAUACAGGACAGGAUCUCAGAGACAGUCUCCCACUGCCAGGAGAUUCUUGGAAUGUUUAGCACCCUCGGAUUUCGGCAGCACGUUGAAACAGCUCAUCAGACACAGAGACAGCUCGAGGCAGGGUUACUUGUUGUGGUCAGAACCAAACAUGUAGACCAGGUUGGGAAUGUGAUGCUGCAAGCCCAGGACCCAAAUCAGGCUUCACAUCAGAUGCUUCAGCAAGACGCAAGAGCUCCCCAGGAUUGGCCUAAAAACCAGCAUGUGACCACACAGGGUGAAGCAACCAUUGUUAAAAUUGUUAAACCACGUGUCGGAUUCCAAAGGCUGCCUCCGCCGUCGAGGGAACCUUUACCUCGUAUUCAAUCUCCUCUUGCUCAAACUGUAAAAGCAGCUGAAUCUGAGCCCAUGAUGCAGCCUCCGCCAUUUUCCAAAUCUAACGCUCAAGCUCCACGUCCGAGUCAAAAUGAUCUACUUCAAACACCCCCAUCACAAACUCGGAACUCCAGAAUAAAAGGGCAGCCAAACACUCAGAGUGAUAAAACACCUCCACAGCCGCCGGUUAUGGUCCGCAGUGAGGUUCAUUCAAAAGCCCAGUCCAUGGCGAGGAGCAGACUGGAGAAGGCCAGGUUUCGUCUGCAAGGACACAUCCAGCAAGCCAUCAAGUUAUUUGGUGGCAAAGAGAUUUCGGCAUCACAAGCUAAGAGGAAACAGAGGGCUUUAAAGAUUCUGCAGCCUGCCAUCCUCGAGGAGUUCCUUGGAGCUGUGGAGGGUUUUGGGGCCUUUUGCACCGGGCCCCAACUCCAGGACUUGAUGCUUCUGUCUGACUCAGUCAGAAAGCAGUGGGAGGAUGUACUCAGAGAAAUGGCCGCCUUUGUUCCCAUCUUAUGGUCUAACAUCAGAGAGGGAAAGCGGCCAUUUUCUGUUGUGCAACGUGAAACCCAAACUAACGCUCUGCACUAUGCCACUGACCAGACUGACCAUGACUUUUUGCUGCAGCAGCAGGUCAUUGAAGACGGAGCUGCGUCUGUUGACGUCGAAUCACUCCAAGAACUGUGUGAAACACUAACACCGAGACAGUCCUCCUGCCUGGCAACGGACCAACUGAGGGAGUCAGAUGAAGCGCAGGAAACACAACCCAGUGACACAGUGCUCCCAUCUGACUGCAGGGGACAGCAGCUCCGGGGAAACACCCCGCUGAGAGCGACUGGCGUGUCGGCCGACACACAGCGCAGCAACAGUCUCCCACAGAAACAAAGCGUGGACAGCCAACAACAAGACUUGUCACCUGUGUGUGUUGCUGAGUCAGUGCUGCCUCGUGCUGAUACCCUCCAACUGCGAGCUCAGGAUGUCCCAACACAGAGUGAGGAUGUCCCGACGCAACGUAGAGGCCAGGGGUCAGAGAGCAAACUAAAGCCAUCACUUCGAUCCAAAGAGCAGCCGCUGAAAGCUCGUCUGCUGAACAUCACAGAGGACAACCAGCAAACCCAAGCUCAUGUACAGGCGGUUGUCAGGGGCGACACUGUGGAGACCAAGCAGGAGGCAGAGUGGACCGUCAUCUCAGAGACAGCCGCCCUACAGCAGGAAGAGCACUCCUCCAGGCAGGAAGCACAGGAAAGGUACAGAAAGUCCCGCUCAGCAUUUCAGUCUCAACUCCAGAGGAACAAGCAACAUUUGGAGGAGUUUAUCUUGGACUCUGUCACCAUCUCCACCCUGCAGAAUCAAAGGAAGCAACUACAGACUUUAAAGCAGGUGACGCAGACACUAGCGUUUGAGUUUGAGCUCCAGUAUGCCCAGAUAUCCCGGUGCUCCCGUCUGAUGAACAGGGAAGAUGUUGGUGAAGUGGCGAGAGACUGGGAGCGGCUGAGUCAGCAGUGGAGAGGCCAACUAAUGUGCCUACAGAGCAGGAUGACAUGUCUAGAGAAUACUGCUGAGCUGAUGGAGUCUGCAGACGAUCAGAUGGCGCUGAUCAAAGGAAAACUGGACCGAAUCAUCAGAGAGCCUGUGGACAUCUCCUCCCUCACCCUGGCUGACUCCAGAAUGAAAUCUGAUUUAAAGGAGAUAGAUGUCAGACUGCAGUCUGAGGCGAGAAAGCUAUCAGAGCGAGGAGCUGAAGUGAAAAGACAAGAGCUGGAAGCCAAGUUCCCUUCAUCGCUCUGCCAGGCUCUCUGCAACACUGUCCAUCAUCUGGAGCAGCUCAGACAGCAGCUGGAGAAGGUUCAGUCUGCUGCACAGGCUCUGGAUCACUUCUUGGCCACAGUGCGGGAAGUCAAGGCCGAGAUCCCAACCCUGCUGGCAAAGCAGGACCCCGGCAGACAGCGAAAUCUGACAGACUGGGAGCAGGAGAGACACUGUUGGCAGGCAGCGAUGCAGCAGAGGUUGCAGACCGCUACGGAACAAUCUGACUGCGUUGACAGCACUUUAAAGGCAGUGGGGAUGACUCUGACCAUGGAUGGUGCAGCAGUGACGUGCCAGGAUGUGGUGACGUCAUUGUCCCAGCAAGCUGUGGAUGUGGAGAAAGAGAUGGUGAGAGCCAAGAGGAGGGAGAGGAAAAGCGAUGAUUCACCACAUGAGGGGGAAGAACAGGAGCAGGACCAUCCCACUCUGAGUAGAAUGGAAGAGGAGUCGGGGUUGGGGGCCAAGAAGAGUAGGCUGGAAGAACAUGAUGAGACAAAUACGCAAGGGGAGGGAGACCACAAAGCUCAAACAUGGGCGUCUGAAGGGGACAUCUUAAAGGCCAAGGACCAGAGAAGAAGAAUAAGCAGCCAGGUUAAGAAAGAGGGAGAAGAGAAGGAGAGUUUGCUCCAGAGGAGAGUUGCCUUGUUGGGCACUCUGAGGGAGAUAAGGAGAGCAGCUGAGCAGCUGAGGUUACAGGAGCCCACCCUGCCUGCUCUGCAACACAGGACUCGAGCAUUGACAGAGCUGGAAAGUCGUCUUGCUGCCCACCUCGCUGAGCUGCAGCACAUGCAAGAUGCAGCUUUACAAUCAGGAAUCCCUGAUGGGAGUCAAACCAGAGAGGGGGAGGAUGUCUGGAAAGAGGCCAAAAAAGCUGUAUCUGAACGGCUGGAGCAGUGUUGCACCCUAACAGAGCUGCUGAAGAAGUUUCAGAGCAUUCGUGGUGAGCUAAGUGGGACGCUGCAGAGGGCAGAGAGCACCAUCAGUGAACAGGCAUCCUACCUGGGAAAAGACAACCUGCAGAGACUGCACACUAAGGUGCAGGACACAAAAGCAGAGCUGAACAGCCUCGGGGACGGCAUAGAGGAGAUCCGCAAUAUCUGCAGGCAGCUUCACACUCAUCUACGUAAGAUCCCAGAGUGCACCAUCAUCCCAUUUGAGGACGAAGCGGAUGCUCUCAUGGACCGCUGGCUGGAUGUAUCAGAAAGAACAGAUUCCCGCCUUGAAAACCUGCACGUUGGCCUGACUCUGUGGGAUGGGGUCCUCGAGCUGGGAGCAGAUGUAGAGAGCUGGACCACCAAUAAAGUAGCAGUAUUUGCUCAGUCUCCAUCCUUUGAGACAGAGGACAACAUCAGGACCAUGCAGAAUGAAAUUGCAGCCCAAGAGGAGAAAAUGGAGCGUUUCCACAGAAGAGCAGCUGAGGUUCAGGCGUUGCUUCAAAGCACAGAGCCCCCUCUGGAGCUGCAGGUUGUGGAGACCCAGAUGAGGAAGAAGAUAGAGCAGCUGAAGGAGCUUGUUUCUGAAGCUGAGGAUGUUUACAGGCAGAUGGUGGCUGCAAAGGAACAAAUCACUGCCAGGAUGAGUGAAUGCUUCAACUCCCUCCAGAGGAUUCAAGACUCCCUUCUCACUCUCAGUGGUCUGGAUGUUGCAACAGUGCUUGCAAAGCUUAAGAAUCUAUUGUUUGAGCUCCAGACGCAGGAUGAGCAGGCAGAGAGUCUGCUGGAGGAUCUUCAGGUUAUGGCCUCCAUAGCGAGUUCAGUCAGCCUGCAGAGUCUGUCUGCAGAUGCCAUUCAGCUGCAGGAUAAAGUCAGAAACACCCACCAGCUCUUCUCUGAGGUGGACGAACAGACUGAGAGGAACAUCCAGGCUCACGACAGGCUGCAAAGGGAGGGUGAACAUUUGAAACAAUUGUUGCAAAGCGUUGAGGAAAGAGCAGCGAAGGAGGAGGACGUUAGUCUCCUGCAAGAGGAAGCACUUCAACAAAGGGCGAGGACAGAGGCCCUCCAUCAGCUUGUGUCUUCCUUACGGAGGAGCACACUUCGGCAGUGUGCUGUGGUGGAAGAGAGCAGCAAACUGCUGCAACGAUACCACAACUUUCAAACCAGCAGAUUGCAUGGCUGUACAGAGAAGCAGAGCUCUCUGAGCAGGGAGUCCCCUCAAUCCUGGGUUGGAGAUCUGAGACGAGCUGAUGACUCUCUCAGUAUGCAGAGUGGUGUGGAGCAGAAACUUCACCAUGCUCAAGCUGCGGUGAGUGCGACAACAGAGAAGGAGGCUCGCCUCGAAGAGCUCAGGGUUACUGGAGACUGUCUUAGCCACAAAAUGUGUGAUGAAGACAACAUAAAACUGGACAUUCAGGACACCACUGAGGAAGCAGAGGAGCAGGGGAAGGACUUUCUCCCCUCAGCUCAGCCUUGUCACAGUGCUCUACAACCUGAUCCAGACCUCACCUCCUCCUACCUGGACCGAAAACAGCAGGCCUGCCGCAAAGUGGAGGAGCUGCAGCGCAGAACUGCUCAGCUCCCCACUUUAUUCCCCUGGCCCGGUUCAUCUGAGCGCAGACAAACCUGCCUUGUAGCCCAUCAGCUGCAGGAUGAGGCUGAAUCCCUGCAAUUAACUCUUACCAGCCUGGCUGAGCAGAGGACAGAGCUGGCUGAACAAACCGACAAUGCCGGCGAUCCCUCCUCGGCUGAGGUGGACACCUGCUUGUCAUCACUGAUGGAGGAGGUGAAGGGUGUGUGUUCCCGCCUCGAGGAAGGUGUGUGUAAUGAGGGGCGUUUUGGCCAGUCACUGCAGGACUGCCGCCAUAAAUUGACAUCCCUUCAGGAAAGGAUGUCAGCCUGUCAAGCCCAGGAAGAAAGCUCAGCUGGACUGAUCACUGAUGUACCCGCUCUGGAGGCUUUGCUACAAGAAGUAACCGACAUAGAAAAAGAUCUUUUACAAAUAGUAACGCUCAAGGACUCCAUCACAGCUAGUCUAACAGCGGAGGCCCAGGCCAGCCUCUCCCAGCAAGUCAGCAACCUCCAAAUCCACAAGAGGGCACUAGACAGCAGCAUCAGAGAACAUCUGGCCCUGCUCACAGAAAACAGGAACCAGAGAGUCCAGCAAGUGAAGGAAGAGAUCUCCUGUGUGCAAACAACUCUGAAAGAUCUGGCUGAAAAUCUGAGUGGGAACUGUGAAGUUUCGCCUGAUACCAACCAGCUUAAACAGCAGUGGUACACAUUACAGGACUGUGAUACCAGGCUGACAGAGCUGGCUGCAAGAGUUAAUGACCUGAAGAAGACUGGAGAGUUGGGCAUCUCUCAAGAGCCGCUGCAUGCUGAAGUCACUUCGACUGUUGAGGCUGUUGCUAAAGACCUUAACAGCAUCACGUCCGCUCUUCUACAAAAGAAGCAGGAGUGUGCUGAAAACACUGCUAACAGGGUGAGACAGCUAAUCAGCCAGCUACAGAAGUGGAGUCAAACAGUACGAGCUGAACCAUCAUCACACAGCCAGGCGGCUUUGAAUGAGGGUUUGAGACUUCAACAAGAUCUUCGUGAACUGCUGUCAGAACAAGAUAUUCUUCUAUACCGUCUGGGGAAAAAAGCGACAAAGAAACUGCAGAAAAGGGCCUCAGCUGCUCUCAAUGAAAGCACGCCUGCACUUGAAACCUUAUCCAAAUUCCUGGUUGCACAGGGCAGUCAAGGUCAUUGUGAAGUGAAGUUGGACAAAGAUUUGCCAGGCAGAGUUGUUGAAGAAACUUGUAGCAGCGAAAGUGAUGCACCGUACUUGGCUUCUGCUAAUGAAACUACAGCCAUGUGUCCUCCUGCUUCUCCAUCAGCAAUAAACAACAAAGAAAACUCUUCAAGUGAUCAGAAUGACAACAAACUUGAAACUAAAGGCCCACUGGAAACAGACAAAGAAGAUGUCCCUAAGCAGUUCUCAUCUGCAGCGGAUGUUUUCAAAUCACAACAUUUAACAUCAACUCCACCAACAUUCAACUUAAAGACCUAUUCUUCUUGGGAAGAGAAAUCUGAACCAUUGCAGGAGGACACUACCUCAACCCAGGACUCUAAGUCAACUAUAUACAAAGACAACACCAAAGAAAUCACUUCAGCACACUGUGUCACACCCCUGGUUGGAUCCCCAGGGACAAAGCCAGACAGCAUCCCUCUUUCUAACCCUGAAAGUGUGUCUGAGCAUUUAGCAGCACAAUCAGAGACGUUUAAGGCAGUCACAGAUGCUCAUGAAGAACACUGUGAGGACAUCGGUGUGACCCCAAAGAAGGUGUAUACAAUAAUGUUAGACAUAGAGCCACAGGACACGCAGAAAAUUGAAAGUGUUGGUCCAGAUGCACCCAGAUGUUCUCAGGAAGCAGAGCUUUGUGAUACAACACUCACAGAAGUUUCAACUAUUCCUGAGAAAAAUUCUGGACUCUUAAACAGUCCUGAAUCAGACUUUCAAAGCCUUCAUCUAGCCGCAGAUACAGAUAUAUCGAAGGCACUUGCCGAUGCCCCAGAAACUGAGAAGUACUGUGAGGAUAUCAGUGAGAGCUCAGAUAAAGUGUAUACAAUAGUGUUGGACAUAGAACCACAGGACACGCAGAAAAAUGAAAGUGUUGGUCCAGAUGCACUCAGAUGUUCUCAGGAAGCAGAGCUUUGUGAUACAAUGCUCACAGAAGUUUCAACUAUUCCUGAGAAAAAAUCUGGACUCUUAACCAGUCCUGAAUCAGACUUGGAGAGCCUUCAUCUAGCCGCACAAACAGAUACACUGAAGGCACUCACUGAUGCCCCAGAAAAGGAGAAAUACUGCGAGGAUGUCAGUGAGAGUUCAGAUAAAGUGUAUACAACAGUGUUGGACAUAGAGCCACAGGACAUGCAGAAAAACAAAAGUGUCGGUCCAGAUGCACUCAGAUGUUCUCAGGCAGCAGAGCUCUGUGAUACAACGCUCACAGAAGAUUCAACUAUUCCUGAGGAAAAAUCUGGACUCUUGAACAGUCCUGAAUUAGAUUUUACAAGCCUUCAUCUAGCAGCACAAACAGAUACAUCGACAACACUCACUGAUGCCCCAGAAAAGGAGAAAUACUGUGAGGAUAUCAGUGAGAGCUCAGAUAAAGUGUAUACAAUAGUGUUGGACAUAGAGCUGCCUGAUUUCAAGCCACAGGACAGUGUUGGAGCCAGCAGACCAGAUGUUCUCAGCUGUUCACAGGGGGCAGAGCUUUGUGAUGCAAAGCUCACAGAAGUUUCAAGUAUUCCUGAGACGGAAUCUGGACUUCUUACAACAUUGGCGAGUCCCGAAUCAGAUAAAACAGGCACGGAAAAUCAUUCUUUAAAGAGCUAUGCAUUAAAUGAGUCUCAAGUGACAGACUCGCUGCCAGAAAACCCCUCAGCAUUAGUAAGUACAGAGCUGGACGAGGUAAAAUCCACAAGUGCCGAAUUAUCAUGCAAGGAAAAGUCAGAAACCCCUAAAUUGAUGCACAGUGAGGUGUUUAAUUCCUCCAACUCAUGUGGCACUGUUGCUGAAUGUCAGCUCACCGGUACACACACAGCAGAAACAACAUCUCCGGAUGUCAAACAAGAGGAGACGACAGAUUUCUGUCACGCUGCAGAGCAAACAAUGAGCUCAGUGUUUUGCACUGCGGAGGGAGAUGCCAUAACCGCAACACAAAUACCUGCUGGUGCCAAUAAACAAAUGAAUGUUGCUGACACUGCACAGAGCAAAGGUACAGGACAGCUGGAGGUGGCAGAUGGAGAAAAACCAGAAGAAGCAAGUGACCCUGAACACCCAGAGUCCAAACUUUUAAAAGGGCCAAAAAGACGAGAAAAAGCUACGCCGCUGUUUGAAGAAAGUGAAUGGAAGGUAGCUGCAUCGCUGGAGGACACUAAGGUGACACAGAAACAGCGUCAGAGCCAAGAAAGCAUGGAGCCUGAGAGGACAGCGCCGGGUUUGGAAGCUGAUCUGCAGGCUUGGGAGGCGACAGGUGGAUCAACAGAGUCCUACAAACAAGAGUACACCAUGCAGGAUGUUUUGUCUGAGAUCCAGAGCUUGGUGGAAAGAAGUAACAUAAUAAAUCGGACACCACACAUUGAUUUAAACUGGUACCUGAAGUCUUCUCCUGGGGAACCAGAGAUUCGCUUGGUACGAACUGUCCAAAAAGUUCUGGCAUGUCGCUACCAACCAGCACGACUCGAUGUCACUGCAAUGGCCAAACAACUGCAGGAGGCAGAGGACUACAGGCGCUGUGUGCAGGAGCAAGUGGCUACUAUCAAAAGCAUGAGUGGUGCCAGGAUUUGUGACCCAGUGGCCUUGAGAAGAGUUGAAGGACAGUGUUGUGCUGCACUACUGGAUGCCUCUGCCACAGUGCAGGUCAAAGCAGCACAGCUUGAUCAGGUCAAACAGUAUCACAGACAGAUGAAGAUCACCAGAGCUUUCAUGGAGGUUGUAGCUGCUGAGAAAAACAAAAUGAGCUUAAAUUCUUUAGGAAGCAGUGCUCUUCAGGCUGACAAACUCCACGCCCUGCUGCAAACCAUGGUACAGAAAAAAGACAUGAUAGAUGGGCUCCUCCAGUUAGGUAGCCAGUUGUCGGUCCACUUGAGCAACGCUGAGAGUUCAGGUGCUCUUCUUGCCCAGCUUGGAGAUGUCCAGGAGGAAUGGAGACUUUUAGAAGGAAGUAUCAAACGAGCUCUGCAGCACGCCUCAAGGUCCACCUCUCAAUCCUCUCUCUUAAUAAAAGAGGCCGAACUGCUUAAAGCCAAGCUUGAAGCUCUCCAGAAAUCCGACUUUCAAAGCCACGAUGGCAAAAGUGCUUUAGAAUAUGUUUGUCUGACCACAGACCUCAAGCUGUACAACCAGCUUUAUCUGCACUUACAGUCCCAGUCAGAUGCUCUUGUGCAUUUCUCUCUUGGUCAGAAAGAGAAGGACGAGAUCAGACGUAAUCUUAAGGAACUGGGGUCCUUGCUGAAUGUCACCAAGGGCAAGCUUGACACUUCCACAUUCAGCUGUGGCAGCAUUUCUUCUGCUAAGAUCAACAAGCAACUACAAGACCUGAUUAUAUGGGCCAAGCAGGCAGAAAACCACAUCUCUAUUGGGAAAAAGUUAGCUCUUUUCCCAGAGGAGGCUCGUUUUCAGAUUACUGAGAUGAAGAAAUUCCAAAAUGAUAUCUGGUUUAGAAGAUCCAAGAUGCAAGAAGAAGUUGAGCAUAUGAAAGAUGUAGUCUCUGAUAUGGAAAAGGAGGAAAGUGACCAUGUGUUGAAGACAAUAGAAGACCUGUAUGAGGCCAUUGCUGACAGCUUGGAUCAUGUUCUUGAUACCAUGAAGAAAAAUCUGCAGGAGAGGGAGAAACUUUUAUGCCAGCUUGCUAGCAUGGAUGCCUGGCUAGCAGAAACACAUGCUGAAAGAGAUCCCUGCACCCAUGUUGACAAUGUCUCAAAAGCUAACAUCAAAAAGCUGAAGAGCGAGCUGAAAAGUCACAAAUCAGCCACAGUAGAGAUCGAAAGCCAACUGAAACAGGUGGAAGCAAUGGGAGAAAUUUGCAAGGAAAUAGCUGUAGGGUUGAGUCCAGGAGAGAGCCGCUACCUUGUCAACAGACUGUCAGGCCUUUGGACAGAAUUAGAUGGAUUGUUAGCUCAUGAGAAAGCAGCCAGCUGGGAAUUGGAGGAGCUGAUUCAUGAGCGAACCACUUCAGAUGAGGAGUUAGCCACCAUCCAGGGUAACUUAAAGCAAAUCUCCAGCGAUGUGGAACAGCAAAGUUUCCCUUUAACACAGGAAACCCUUUCAACAAUUGCACAUUUGAAGCACAUGCUAAUGGAGCAUCAAUGUCAAGCACAAGAGCUUGAGCACUGCCAGGAGGCCAAGCGAAGCUCCCUGCUGAGCGCCAUUGGGGAACUGCAAGACCAGUGCAAAGCUCUGAGUAUUAAUGCUACUGAGCAAGACAAAUAUCUGCACCUGAGGAGACAAAUGGAGGAAUCUAGAGACAUUGCAAAAGAGCAAAUUCAGCAUGCCAAAGAUGAAACAAUCAGUGUGGUGGAGAGGUUCAGACUGUGCCAAACACUCCUGGUUGAACUUCCCCUGGUAAAGACACAGUGUCAAGAAGCAGCGGACCAACUGGAGGCUGUAGCUCAGGAGUUGUACCCAUCUGAGCUAAAUUCAGAGAGGCAGAAGAUCCACCGCACCGUGGAAACUUUAGUCUCCUGGGAGUUCUCUGUCACAGAUGAUAUCAAAAAGCUAGAGGCCAAGCUUCUGCGAGAUCUGCAGUUUUCCUCCGAGCUUCCCAACUUAAAAGAGUUUUUCCUAACAACAAGAGCAGAGCUGGCGGAAGCCGAACCAGUAAAUCCAGAUGAAAGAGCCAUUGAUACUGCACUUAGAAGAAAUUGGGUUAUUUGGAGAAAUAUGGAGUCUGGGAUGAGGGUGUUGGAAGGUCUGGCACGGAAAGAAAAGGUUAACCUGAAGAACUACAAGGACCUGUACUCUCUUAGGGAUGCAACCAUGCAAGAGUGCCAUUUACGAAUGGAGAGUUUAUGCCAGGCGAGAGAAUCUCUGAAAGACUACCAGUGGGCUGCUCAGGGAGCAAUAGGCUUCCUUCAUAAUGCUGAAGCCACCUUCUUAUCAGCUACCGGAGGGUUUUUGGACUGUACUGAGGAGAAAAGACAGACCCAGCAGGCUCUAGAAGCCCUUGAAGAUGGAUUUCAAGCUCAUAUAAGCCACCUUGCAGACCUGGUGCCCCAACAACCCUGCCUCUCCAGCCCAAAGACUGAGCAGCUUCACAUCAGCAUCCUCAGUCAGUUGUUGGUGGGAAGAGCCAUACUCGAGGCCCAAGCCCAGCUCAGGCUGGAGUCCUUGCAGAGGUGUGAAAUAAGUGGGCCAAGCCACAGGAAGUGCCAUGAAGACAUACGUCAGCGUCUUUCAGGGCUUGAAGCCAAGCUUUCAGACUGUGCCGCAGUACAAGUGACAUCAUAUGACAAAUGUGUCGCCCAACAAAAAAGAGCCAAACUUCUGAUGGAAGAUCUUCGCUGCCUCGCAGUUAAGAUAGAAGAACUAAGGGCUGGAUGUCCGAUGCAGGGCUGUGGGGUUGGAAAGGGCGGCGAGCUGGGCGCCCUCUGGAGGCGCUGGGUAUCAUUACGCCGUGGUGUCGGCCUACUGAUGGCACAUACAGAACAGAGAGGAGAGGAAUGGAAGGACAUCACUACAAGUAUGGAGCAGUGCUGCAGCUUGUUGGCCAGUCUUCAAGCCGAGGUUCCCGACUCCUCCGCUGUGAGCUUCACUCAAGAGGAGCCCCUGGAGCUUCUGGCUCAGGCUGAGAUACACCAGGUGGGGCUGGAGCAGGAGCAGCAGGCCUUAGCCUCCCUGGAGCAUCGACUGGAGCACGCCCUGAGCUUAUCCAGCUCCCAGGAGCCCAUCAGCCCCGGACCUGUGGGCAAAACACUAGUGAAGAUCCAAGAGAAUGUCAGGAGCUUAAAAGAAAGAAACCUGCUGGUGGUAGCUGCGGCUCAGGCAGAGGAGAAAGAGAGACAGCAGGUCCAAGAGGAGAUAGAAGAGCUGGAGCGACACAUGUUUGACCUUCUUCCUGCGCUGGAAGCCUGCUCAAAUCCAAUAAAACAACAGGAGCUCAGGAAGGAUCUGUCCUCCCAGAAAGCCAAACUAAAGCGCAUCGUGGACAGUGUUGAGAGCCGGUAUACUGAGAUACCAGCUGAUAUCAGCAGAAGGUUACAAGAAGUUGAACUGUCUCUACAAACAGAAGAGGAGAAGCUCAUGGAGAAGAGCGACCCGGUUCGGAAGUUGGCUCGUCAAGUGGCAGAGUUGGGCUCUGGCCUGGAGAAAGUGAAGGAGUUACUGGAGCAAAAGGGUGCAACAGUCAAUGAUGCUCAAAAUGCACUCAAGCGCGCGUGGGAUGAGCUGGAUGCGUGGCACAGCCGCUUGAUGCUCCUUGAGAGCGAGGUGCAGGAUCUUGCAGAGGAGCAUCCGGACCAAGCCCACCAACUCAUGGACCAACUCACCCACCCACUGCAGCUCUACCAAAACGCAGCGCAAAUGACAGAGCAGCGCACCGCCUUCCUCAGCAAGAUCCCUGAAUGUCUUCAGGAGUUUGAAGACAUUCUGUAUGGCGCCACCUGCUGGUUAGACGAAGCCCAGUCAUGGCUCAGUGCUCCCUGCUGCUUCACAACAGCCAGAGGCCUCCAGAAUCAUGCAAACUCCCUUCAGCUGGUCCUGGACGACUCCGAGAGGAUCAGACACGCGCUUGAAGACUUCAGGCCUGUCCUGGAUGAGAUUUCUGACGUGUGUGACAUCAGCACCCACAAGGAGAGGGUGGACCAGAAUGACCAACAAGUAGACAAAAUGCAACACCAGAUCCUAGAGCCACUCGAGCAGCUCCUGCAGGCUGUUUCGGUGGUGGAGGCAAUGGAGGCAGAGCUGAAGACUAUGGAGAAGAACGUCCCGAAGAUCAGAGCGAUUUUAUCCUCUGUGGACGACUCCAACAUAUCUGUGUCGGAGCAUCUUCACAACCGACAGGUGAUCCUGGCCAACGUGCAGUCAAUGCGGAGGACACUGGAGGAGGUGGAGAGAUGCAAAGGAGAGCUUCACCUCCCAAAGGGAGCAGAUGAGAGCCUGCUGGUCUUCUCCAGGGCCAGACUGCUCCUGCAGCCGCUUGAGGAGCUGGAACAACUCACCCAGCAACAAGCCACGCUGCUGGAGAACAAGAUUAGGGAGGAGGAACAAACCAGGGAGGAUCUUGGUAUCACUGCACUCUGUGAUAUUCCUGAGGAAGCACAGCAGCACGACAGAUCUGCGCUAAGACACUUAGUCCAGGAGGCUAUUGAGGUGACUAUUUCAGAGGAAGAGGAGGAUGAGGAAAACGAGAGUUGUCACUCGUCGUCCUCUGACACACUAACAUGCAGUAUUCCAGAGGACCUGGAGGAGACACUAAACACUUCAGAUGUGCAAAGUGAAGAUUUAACAGAAAUUAAGCCACUGUCAGAUGUUAAGGCACUGGAGACUUUGACUGGUCAGUUUUCCUCUGAAGAGGAAACAAGCUCAAAAAGUGCGGACACUGGGCUUUUAUUCGCUGUGCCUGGGCUUCAUUCCAAAGAGUCUGCAUCAGAAAAUGUUGACACUGGAUUAAUUACAAUGGAUUCCAAAGCUGGCAAAGCAUUAAGUCCUAAAACUGAAACAACUAAGUCACUCGUGGCUGCAGCCAUUCCAGCAGCUGAAUUCAAGUUCACUGCUGCUGCCAUACGGGACACACAUGGAUCACCACAACAUGAAACCCGCGUCGCCGACCCUCAUGCAAAGUCUUCUCAGGCAGCAGCCGCAGUCGAAGACACAAGAGUGAUUCCUACAAGACCUAUAACUCCUUUCAGUGCCACAAGAGGAUCUCGUGAGUUUAUAGAGGAGGGAAGCAAACAUUUGCCUUUGUCCGUACCUUCUCAUCAAGAUCUGGAUACUCUUAAUGUGUUAAAGGAGCAGAGUGAAGUCACCACGAGUCAAAGUAGGUUAUUUGAAGAAUCCCAACAGGCCCAGGAGCCAUCUGAGGUGCCAAAGAGCUCGGCUGGAUAUGAGGAAGAUGAGCAGGAGCGGCUGAGGUGGAGUCGACUUUAUACCCAGAUCUCUCAGAAACUGACCACUUUGAAAAAGGUUAAGGAGGAACAUCAGAUCGGCUCAGGGGAUGGAGGGAGCCAUGAUGAGAGGGAGCUGGCAUCAACCGGGUCUGCUUCUGCUGUUCUCCAGCAGACACACGAGUCCAUCACCAAGCUGAAACAAAUAGUGAGCCUUCCAGGUGAAAAUAAGGAGUUGUACGAAGCUGCACGAAAGGUCCUCCUCUGUCUGGACGCUUUGACUGACCUUGUGUUAACUUCUGGUGAAGAUGAUCCCCAGCUGAGGCUGCUGCAGCAGGAGUGUGUGUCAACUGAGCUGGUGACUCUGGCUGAGCUGUUGAGCAAAGUGGAGUCUGAGACCAAACCUGCACUUUCGGGGGAAAAACCAGAAGCUCUCCGCUGUUUGAGCUCCCUGCAGGAGUGUCUACAAACCGUACACCCGGUCCUCACCUCAUCCCACAGUCAGCUCAGUGAACAUCUGGGCAACACACACCAACAUCAGGAGCUCUCCUCCAGUCAACUAGGUAUUCUGGACGAGUUUGAACCUGAACAUAGUGAGAUAUUCCCCAGCAUAAAGGAUGCUCCCAGAUUGGAGCAGUGUGUGCUGGGCCGACAUCUGAGGGAGAGUCCAAGGGAAAAAGCCAAGCUGCAGCAGGCUUCCCGGUCCUUGCUUCAGGGGAUAACUGGCCUCCUGGAACUGGGUGAAGAAUGCUUAACAAAGGGGCAGAAGAGCCAGGUUCACAACCGCAGCCAACUUCAAGCCGUCCUCUGCAGACGCGAGAAGCUCCUGCGGGUCCUCAGGUCUCAGCUGGCUUUCGUACAGCAUCUGUUCCAACGUGAGCCAGAAGCACUCAAGUGUCAGGAGGAUGAGCGGGUACAGCUGGAAGUCAGAGCCAAAGCUUUGCAGCAACGGGCUCUGGAACAGGAAGUGGCUUCUCAAAGGAGCAUCCAGGAGUGGACCCAGUGGGAGGAUAAUUGUGGUGGACUCGGCAGGUUGCUGGAUGAUGUUGAAGCUUUCAUCAGCAGCGGGGAACCAGAGGGAGACGAUGAGAAGUUAGCGCAGCACCGACAAGAUGCCUGCCAGCAAACACUGGUCCAGCUGGAUGACAGCAGAGCUGCUUUAGGACUGCUCCUGGAUCAGGGGAAGGAGUUGCAGACAGAGCCAGAGUUUGCUGCCACGGUCAGUCAAGCAGGAGGCGCUCUGGAGCUGCGGUGGCAGAGCGCCUACAGACGGACUAAACGGGAGAGUAAGCGCUGCAGAGAUAUCCAGGACAGACGCACCAGAUUCCAGGCUGACUUUGCCUCUGUCAGUAAAUGGCUGGUCGAUGCCAACAAACACCAGAAGACUUGGUCAGACUUGACUGAAACCUCUGACCUGAGCCAGGAAUGUAUUCACAGCAAUCUGAUCGAGUUGCUGGAUUUCUCCAUUGAGACUGAAGCCAUGUCCGUGCAGAAGGCGGCUGCAUCCAAGGAAGCUGCUCAGCUGCUCCACCUGAGGGAAGCUGACUGUCCCGGGCUGAGAGCUCAGCUCGCCCAGCUGGACGUCAACUGGACCCAGCUGACCUCUGAUCUGUCCAAGACACAAGACCGACUGCAGCAGCGGCUGCUGGCAGCGUGGCCACCGGGGAAGCUGCUGUCCAACCUGGAGGGCUGGCUGAAGACGCUGGAGGCUCGGCUGAGCCAGGAGAAGGAAACAGUCCUCAAGGCCAAAGAUGCUGCUCAGAUCACUGAAGUCUUGCAGCACUACCAGGAGCUGAAGGCAGGCGUGGUCAAUGGGCAGCUCCUUCUUGAUUUCCUGUGCCAGUCUGGUCCUCAGGUAGUGGGUGCAGACAUCCAGGCUCUGCGCUCAGAACGUACGAUGUUUGCAGAGGAGCUUGGCGCCCUCAGACUGCAGUGGCUGCACCUACAGAGAGAGUUGGAGAGCCAGACUCGUGAAGCUGAACAGAUGCAUCACACAUGUGCAGACAGAGAGAAGCGAUUACAGCAUCUUCAUGACUGGAUCGAGCAGCAGAAAGAGCAGCUGGAUCAGUGCAAACAGCCCACCAGUCAAACUCUGGCUCGUAAGGCUCUGCAGGAGUGGGAGGCUGUUGUGGGCAGGGUGAAGGAGGUGGAUGCAGCUUUGCAGGAGUUGAAAGCCACACGAGUGCAUGUUGGACACCCUUGUGAUAUCUCCUUCUCUGGCCGGACAGAGAGUGUUUGUCACGCUUGUGGGAAUCUUAGUCAACAGAUGGACGCUCAGCGACCAGCUCUGCAACAGACUUUGGAACAGUGGAGUUGUUUUGAGAGAGCUCUGAAGGAAGUUUCUCUGCACACCACCAGGGUGCGCUGUGCUCUGCAGCACCAGCCUCUGUUCUCACUGAAGCAGGCAGAGGGACAUUUAGACCUCCUCCAGCAACUCCAGGAGAAGGCUGGAAAAGGGGAGGAGCUUUUGGUGUAUGUGGACAAAUCCUAUCAGAGUCUAGUGAAGACUCUUCAUCCUGGAACGGUGCAGACACUGGAGGAUCUAAUGAGAAGAGAGAGAAAACGGUGGACGGACUUGGUGCAGGAGUUGAAAGAUGAGCACACGAAGACUGGAGAGACACUUUCCCUCUGGCAGGAGUACGCUCGCCUCUCAGAUCAGUGCUCCCUUCACCUGCAGACACUGUGGCAUCAGUGGGAGGAGUUACCAAGAUCAUCUCCUCAGCAGGACGCACAGGCUGUGCUUCACUCAGUGGAGAAGUUGCAGGAUGCUGCAGAGGAUUUGCAAAGCAGUGUGGGAGAUGUGCUUGCAGCUUCCAAGCCUCUUGUUGGACGUCUAGAACCACCGGCUGCAAAUAUAGUCCAAUCCGAGACCAGAAUGCUGUCACGUGACGUCCUGCUGCUGAGUCAGGCAGUGUCAGGAAAAAAGAAGAGUGUUCAGGAGGAUGUGGAGCAACAGAAACUUUUCCACACUCGACUGGAGGCCCUUGAAAAGCAGACACAGGACACACAGCAGAAACUUAAGGCCAGCUUGAGUGACACAGACUCUGUAAAGCAGGUUCUCCUGGAACUCAGUGAAAUGUUUCCAUCACUGGUUGACGUCAGGGAAACAAGUGCUUAUGUGACCAUUAACAACCGUGAGGCAGAGAGACUGCACAUGCUCAGCAGGCAGUGGAUUCAAAGCAUGAUGCGCGCGUCUGACACCAACAGAGCUCUGGAGGCUGAGUGUCAGCGUUCUCAGAACUUUCAGGAGAAGUGUAAAAACCUGAUGUCUAUCCAGAAGAAGCUGGAGGAGGAGUUGAUGUCAAAAAAACCUCAGAGUCUCUCCAGCCUCCAGGAGAUGCUGAGUGUCCAUCAGAGGCUUGAGGCUGACAUUAUUACUGGACACCAGCUUCUGCAGGGUCUUCUCUGUCAGGCAGUCGAGUCCAUGGAAACAGCAACGGGGGAGAAAAGAUCUGAACUCAUGGCACAAGUGAUCUCUCUGAGGGAGAGCUGGUUCAACUCUAUCGCUCUGGCCAGCCAGCGCAGGUCCUUGACAAAAGAACAGCUAGGCCAGUGGAGAGUCUACCAUCGUGGCUCCAAACUGUUGUGGAAGCUGUUGAGGGACGUCGACCCUUUGCUGCCCCCUGCUGGACCUGCUCUGUGCGCACUGCAGCAGCUGCGGAGCUGCCUGGAUGAUAACCAGUGUGUCGAAGAUGCUCUGGGUCAGCACACCGCAGUGUACACCCAGACGCUGGAGGCUGGCAGACAUUUAUGUGAAACCAUGACAGAGUCUGAGUGUCAGAGCAGACUGCAGUCAGAGCUCCAGGCCAUACAGGAGGCCUGGGAACGAAGCGCCCCACUGCUGGAGAGGAGGAGAGACCUGGUCAUGACAACUGUUCAGAAGUGGUCUCAGUGUCAGGAUGGGGUCACCAGAAUCACGUCUGAACUGGAUGAAGUGAAAAACAAGCUGGAGCAGCCGCUGCCUGAGAGACUGCAGGACUCUGAGAGCGAGACACACAUUCAGGAGACAGACCUCUCUCUGCAGCGUGUGGCCAGUGGAUUUAAGGAAUUGGCCACCAUGAAGACGGACCUGUCCCAGUACGUCGCGGCUGGUGACUCGGCUCUGCUGGAGCAGCAGCUGGAACAACUCCACGCGCAAUGGGAAGAGCUGUGUAUGAAGGUAUCCUUGCGCAGGCAGGAAAUCGCAGACCGCCUCAACGCCUGGACCAUCUUCAACGACAAGAACAAAGAGUUUUGCGAUUGGUUGACUCAGAUGGAGAACAAGGUCUGCCACAGCGGAGAUCUGAGCAUCGAGGAGAUGGUGGAGAAACUGAAGAAGGACUGCAUGGAGGAAAUCAACCUAUUCAGCGAGAACAAAAGCCACCUGAAACAGCUGGGUGAGCAGCUGCUGUUAGCCAGCGACGAAGCCAAGCAGACGCAGGUCCACGGCUCGCUGCAGGAGGUCAACCAGCGCUGGCACAACCUCUUCCACGACAUCGAAGCCAGGGUGAAGAAGCUGAAGGAGACUCUGGUGGCUGUGCAGCAGCUGGAUAAAAACAUGAGUAACCUCCGCUCAUGGCUUUCUCGCAUCGAGGCCGAGCUGUCCAGACCCAUCACCUACAGCGUGUGUCACCACCAGGAGAUCCAGAGGAGGCUGGCUGAGCAGCAGGAGCUGCAGAGGGACAUUGAACAGCACACGGAGGGCGUAGCGUCAGUGCUCAGUCUGUGUGAUGUUUUGCUGCGGGACGAAGACGCUGCUGGCGGCACUGAGGCGGAGAGCGACUCCCUGCAGGAAACGAGCCGCAGCCUGGAUCAGCGCUGGAGGGCCAUCUGUGCUAUGGCCCUGGACAGGAGGCUCAGGAUCGAGGAGACUUGGAGACUCUGGUGCAAGUUCCUCGAUGACUACUCGCAGUUCGAAGAUUGGCUCAAGAUGGCCGAGCGCACCGCUGCCAACCCCAACUCCGCAGACGUCCUUUAUACCGUCGCCAAGGAGGAGCUCAAGAAGUUUGAGGGUUUCCAACGGCAGGUUCAUGAGCGGCUCACCCAGCUGGAACUGGUCAAUAACCAGUACCGCCGCCUGGCCAGGGAAAACCGCACUGACCGAGCCAGCCAGCUCAAAGCCAUGGUCCAUGAAGGCAACCGGCGCUGGGACACCCUGCACCGCAGAGUGGCCGCCAUCCUCCGCAGACUCAAGUAUUUCACCAGCCAGAGAGAGGAGUUCGAAGGCACCAGGGAGAGCAUGCUGGUGUGGCUGACUGAGCUGGACCUGCAGCUCACCAAUGUCGAACACUUUUCAGAGAGCGACGUCCAUCACAAGAUCCAGCAGCUCAAUAGCUUCCAGAAGGAGAUCACCCUGAACACAGAGCGCAUUGACGGGCUGAUAGUGUUUGGAGAGGGUCUGAUCCAGAAGAGCUCUCCGCAGGAUGCAGCGCUGAUCGAGGACGAGCUGGAGGAGCUGCACUCCUACUGCCAGGAGGUCUUCGGCAGACUGGUCCGCUUCCACCAGCGCCUCAGCCAGCCCUCGGCGAUUAAAGAAGAGCCAGAGCUCUCUGCCACCGCCUUGUCCUUGGAGUCGAGCUUGGAGCUGAUUGGCCGACCAUGGCUUGGGCGGACCCAAGGAAGCCUCCCAGCUACGCCCAUCCACCUGCUUGCCUCUCCGUUAGAGGGUUCAGGAAGGGAGACACCGGUGAGUGUGGACUCCCUGCCCCUGGAGUGGGACCACACCGGAGACGUGGGAGGGUCAUCGUCACAUGAAGAUGACGAGGAGGAGGAAGACGAACACGAGGAUGACAGAACUUACUUCAGCGCAUUAUCAGAGGUGGAGUUGUCUGAGAGCCAGGAGGAGUUUGUCGAGGCCCCGGAGGCCCUACUAGCCUCCUCACUGGUUUCAAGGGGGUCUUUGGUCGUACACGAUUCUCCUAGAUGGCAAUCACAGGGAGACCCAGAAACACAGUCUCUGCAGCUGGACUCAGAGGGUCACACUCAGGCUCCACCCACCCUCACCAGCACCCCUCUGAAGCAGGGCUAUUUGCGUCUCAUGUCUCAGUGCAGCGGCAGCAUCGAGGACAUUAAAAGAGUCUCACUGAUCCUGGAUGAUGAGGAGCAGCCGGAGGAGCUCGGUCUGACAGGACUGACUGCCUCAGACCAACAGUCAGGUGUGAUUGAACGCUGGGAGCUGCUCCAGGCUCAAUCUAGGAGCGACCAGCACGCCGGCCCUCAGGAGCCCCGACAGCUCACAUCUGACCUUGACGAGAUCACUUCCUGGUUAGGAAACACUAUCCCAGAGCUAGAGCGCCUCCAGCAGUCUGACCCAGCAGCCAGCAUUGAGGACAUGGCAGCCAGAGCCGUAGCAGUAAAGGAGAUGCAGAAGAAGUUCACCCACUAUAAGUCCAUCAUGCUGUCUGCCAACCUGCGAGCACAGGAAGCUCCAGAGCUACAGGAGAGGCUGGCCGGUAUGAACCGAGACUGGAGCCGAGCAUGUACAGGCCUCCAGCAGUGGGACACCAGUCUGAGGAAGACACUGAUGCGCUGCCAGGAGUUUCAUGAAACCCUUCAUUCUCUGCUGCUGUGGCUGGCCCAUGGAGAGAGCAGACUCUAUGCAGUGGACAUCAGUGACCCAGACACACCUGUCCAAGCCCUGCGACAACACCACAGCACACUCACAGAUCUGCAGGAGGAGCUGCAGGGCAGACAAACUCAGCAGGCCUCCCUGCAGGCUCUGUGGUCUCAGCUGCAGCCUGAGGACGAGGCUGAGGAGAGCAUUGAGGCCCAGGAGAAACUACAUGUGACAGGUGGCAAACUGAAGUCGCUGCUGAGGCGGGUGGACCAGGACCUCGGCACCCUGCAACAGCGUCUGGAUUGUGAGUCUGCAUCAGAAGCUCAAGGCCAAAGCGCCUCUGCAGAGCCAAAGAACAGUUCGUCUUCUCAAAGACAGAGGAGGGACUCGUCUCCGCCUCGUUCAUUCUUCUACCGGGUGCUCCGUGCUGCCUUCCCCCUCCAGCUCUUCCUGCUGUUCCUCCUGCUCCUCCCCUGUCUGAUACCCCUGUCAGACAGCGAGCCCGGCUGUGCUGCGACCAACAACUACGCCUGGUCCUUCUACCCCACGUUACACUAUACCAACGGCCCACCACCCACCUGAUGUAUUUGGGAUGUGAAAAAAAGAGACUGACAACACAGUGAGAAACACAGGCCACCUUUAUAACAAACAUGUAAAAUGAUGAAGCAACUGUCUUCUAAAAGAAAAAAAGUCCAAAGUGCAGAAAAUGUAUUUCUGUUUUUAAAGAUUUGAUCUUACAAUAUAUUUAUUUUGAAUCAGCAAGAAAAAACGUAAACAAAAGUGCAGAUGUUGUAGUUUAACAAUGCAGAGAUCUGAACACCGUCCACAAGAGUGUGUUGGAGCUCUUCCUUUGAGGAGGCACAGCAGAUGGGACGUGUUGACACAUGUGGAGGUAAAGCAGCAUACAUACUGUAGCAGUGGCAGGAAGGAGCUAAUGCAGAGGCCUGCGAACAUCUUCCAUGAGGUGGAAACAAAGAUGACAUCACAGUAUUUUCUUUCACUGAACAAGUCGCUGCUCGGCUUCUAUCAGUUCAAAUGUAAAUAAUCGUUUUAUGAACUGUUGACCUUUCAUGUUGUCUGACUCGAACCAGAAAACAAAAAGCAUGCUUGAUCUGUUUUUACGUUGGACUGAAGUUUAUUUUUUACAACAAAAGACACUGGUUAAAUUUGAAUGUAAUCUUUAUAAAGCCAACC